GUUCCUUCGUCAUGCUGGGAGUCAUUUUGGCGAUUGGCUCUUCUUUCACUUCGUACAACCGCACCAAGGGCAGUUUGCUGCAUAGUGUCCUGGGACUUGUGGCGACAUUGGCAUCUGCACUGUCCUUCUUGGCUUGUGCUCUGUCGAGUCCUGGCAUCCUCAAGCCAUCUCCUGGUAGUGCAGGAGGUUCAGGGCAUCCAGAGCAGUUUUUCGCAUCCAACGGCAAGAGGCAUUGCAAUGCUUGCGACCUGAAGCAACCAGCUGGUGUUCUGCAUUGCGACUAUUGCCAUGUUUGCAUCAUUGGCUGGGAUCAUCAUUGUCCCUGGAUGAACAAAUGUAUCGGUGAGGGCAAUUUGUUCUUCUUCAACUCUUUCCUUGGAGUCAGUCUGAGCUCUUUGGGCUACAUCGUCUUGGCCACGAUGUUGGGAUCCUAAAUCUUGGCACGACCUCCAAGCUCCAUGAAAUCCUGCACCUGAACGCCUACGCAGUUGUAUGUUUGAGUCGGCAAAGACCAUCACCAGUGGGGCCCAGGAUGAAUGGCCCUUUAUCAAUGGCUGCCACUGUCAAUGGCCCAUUGCGGUAUAUCGUGGUGGUACCUCCGCUGCAACCGCCGCCAAAGCUGCGGCAGCAGCUAGUGCACAGUUCUGACCUCAUGGCCGAGUUCUGCUGCUGUUGUGGAGG